UCUCCACCCAUUAGUGGGGAUGCAAAAGUACGCGGCGAUGCGGACACUGAUUCUCUAAAUGCAGUUUCUCCUUCCUCUUCCGCCGACCCAGCCCUACAGUCAACUAAUCAAAACGUUGUGGCACAAGAAAUGAACCCGGUUUCCGCUCUUUUUGACUCCGAGACACGUGAAGAGUGUUUCAAUGGUUUUGCAAGCCAAUACCCUCAGGAGUAUCCCCAGAAGCCGACUGUCAGCGAGAAAAUUUUCGAAAACACCUCCGAACAUCCGCUCGCCGAAGCCUCCCUGGACACUUGUGUGAAACAACCUGCUGACUCAACUGCUUUCACAACAAAAAAGAAUAAAAAGCCUAAGAAAACAAAGAAAAAGCUCACUUCGGAGCAGGAACGACAGCUUGCAUGGGACACUGAAUUCGCCCGUCGUAAGGCGUCUGCUUUGGCUAAAAAGCUGUCCGAAGAGUCAGAAGCUGCACGAAUGGCUGAGGAGGAAGCAGCUUCCUUAGCUGAACAACAAGCUGCUCUGGAAAGAGAGCAGAAACGCAUACUUCUUGAACAUCGUAAACGCGAAGCUCAACGGGCUAAGGAAGAGGACCAGCUUGGUCAACUCCGCCUACCCCAGUCGGCUCGGUGGGGCAUCUCCGCUGCGGACACCGCUUCUAGCGCUCCCAAGUGUGCGAGCCUGCUUUCCACCCAGACUGCCCAAGCUGGAGAAGGGACGGUGGGACAACUUCAGGAAGUUGCUAUGACAAAGCAAACUACUAAUCAAGCACCCGAGGUGUUUACUAGUCCGAUCGCCGCACACCCGCAGACUCAGGUGGCGACAGCGAACUCGGACAAACGCACGAUACCAAAUCAGUCUGUGGCUGGUAAAAAUUCCGCUGUCAAGUUAAAUACGCCAUCCAAGUUGGAGCCCUCAAACACGCGCAAAGUCCUGGAUCGAGUUGACCGGCCCAAACCUCCUGCUGCCUCUUCCCACGUUUCGGCUAUCGGUGACAGCCGACGAGUACUAGUGCCGAUCUCACCUCCUGAUGUGCCCCGCUCUACUGCUGCUUUUUCCUCGUCGCUUCCCGUUACACAUCCGAUCACCGCGGGCUCUAUUUGGGAUCUACCGAACGAUGGUAAAACUGUAACCGCGAUGUCAUCUGCUAAAAGCUCCAAAAAGAACAAGAAGAAAUCUGCGACGGCGCCACAGUCCACUUCUGAAGGCGUUUCUUUUGCAGCGAAGGAGCAACUCGCACACUGGUGUGAAUCACAGCUUUCCUUCAUGCCCCUCUCCGGAGUCGAUCUUCCCACCUUGGUCGAUUUGUUAUGCGAAUUGGAAGGGACUGAUCAGAUUGUAGAAUUUAUCGAAGCAUCGCUGGGACGCUCCAAACGAACUUUAAAAUUUUCCAAAGCCUUUCUCGAGAAGAGGGCUUGCAUACGCGACACUGUGCGCUAA